AUGUCACAAUUUUCAUUUGUAUCUUUAUUUGAUAAGUAUCUUGUGGCUUCCCUUUGCAAAAUUGUCCUAUUUUUAGGUUUAUUUCUUCACUUAGCCUCAAUUUUUCUUUUCAAAGAUCCAAAUUGUUCAUCACCUUAUGAGUUAUUAGAAUCUUCUAAUAAUAUAAAUCCACCAAUUUCAUCAAACCCCACAAAUCUUAGCCAUUUACUUUUUGGCCUACUUGGUUCUCAAAAAGCAUGGCAUUUUAGGAAAAAUUAUAUUGAAUCAUGGUGGAGGCCAAAUGUGACAAAAGGGUACUUGUUUCUUGAUGUGGCCCCUAAUGCAACUUCAUUACCAUGGUCCAAAAAUUCACCCCCUUAUAAAGUUUCAAAAAAUAUAACCAAAUUAGUACAAGAAACACAACAUGUUGCACCAAUUCAAGCUAGAAUGGUACAUGGUAUCAUGGAAGUUUUGGAACAAGAACAUGAAGGUGUUAGAUGGGUGGUUAUGGGGGACGACGAUUCGAUGUUUUUCGUGGAAAAUAUUGUUGAUGUUCUUGAAAAAUAUGAUCAUAACAAGUACUACUAUUUUGGGGCUCAAAGUGAGUAUAUUUUGUCAAAUUUUUGGUUCUCUUUUGAUCAAGGUUUUGGAGGUGCUGGAUUUAUUAUGAGUUUUCCAUUGGCAAAAGCAUUGGCUCAAGAUAUUGAGAGUUGUUUGAGGAGAUAUCCAUUUUUAAAUUCUGCUGAUCUUAUUACUAUGGUUUGCAUUGUGGAUCUUGGAGUUGGUUUUACUCCUCUUAAAGGUCUUCAUCAUCUUGAUAUGCGUGGUGAUAUUUCAGGAUUAUUAUCGUCGCAUCCAAAAACACCAUUGUUAUCACUUCACCAUAUUGAUUCUAUAGCGCCAAUUUUCCCUUUAAUGGAUCGUGCAAAAUCACUAAAACACUUUAUGAAAGCAGCAAAAUUCGAUCAAUCUCGUUUGUUACAACAAACAAUUUGUCACCAUAGGCUUAGUAAUUGGACAUUUUCAGUAUCAUGGGGAUAUUCAGUUCAAAUUUAUGAGAAAAUUAUGCCAAGGAGUCAUUUAAUUAAACCUAUUCAAACAUUUAAAACUUGGAUUAAAAAACCUAAGAGUCCUCCAUAUUAUAUGUUUAAUACAAGGCCGCGUACAAAUGAUUCUUGUGAAGCUCCUCAUAUUUUUUUCUUCAAAACUAUUGGGAAGAUGAAGAACAAAAAUGAAAUUUGGACAACGUAUUUUCGAUCGGAAGCGCGGGGCCUACCAAGUUGUUCGAUCGACGGCAACCAUUCGGCAAAUUAUGUCAACAAGAUUCAAGUUUACUCUCCUAGAGCAAAACGUACUGAGAUGGAUCGAUGUGAAUGUUGUGAUAUUAUUCACACAAGUGGUUCAAACAAGGCAACGAUUAAAUUGAGGGAAUGCUUUACUAAUGAGAAAAUUGCUUAG